GUCCUAUCUUCUCUGUAAGUCCCUAAUGAACGGUGCUGAUGCCACCCGGGCCACCCAGUCCAGGCCCUUUUUCCUUUCCCUCCAACCUCCAUUAUUGUACUGUAGGUGACUGUACGGAGACUCUGUGCUUGUCCACCCGCCCGCUUGUUUUCUUGGGCUUGGUCUCUGCACCGCAGGCUUGUUACGUCUUACUCACUUCUUCACCAACCUUCCUGCAAACCUCUUCAUCCUUUUCUCCUUCAGUAUUCUCUCGCUACGGACAGCAGCAGCAGCCGAUUCUCCCACACUCUCGUUUUCGGACUCAAUACGGAGUAGCAAUCGUCUCGAAUAGUCGUUGGCGGACUCUCUCUCAGCUCCUCCCCCUGUCACUCGCUUCGUAACCUCUGACGCGCCCUCGAAAGUCCCAAACACUUCUUCAGGCAGUCCGACUCUUGGCUCUCUUGGGCGUCCUUCCUAUAUACCUCGACAUUGUGAGCUUGGGGCAACUUGUUCAGUCGCUAGGUGGCCUAUGCAAACACCCGCAGUGUGAAUUUCCUUUGGUUGCGAUCAGUCGCCCAGGUUCCAGAGUCAUGAAGUCCAGCAUAUCUUCCCUUCUCACGCCGCUGGUCGGCCUUUUGUCUGUUGUCAAUGGAAUCACUCUGGAAGUGAGCAGCCUGGACUCAGUCAAGUCCGUUACCUCGACCCUUGCCUACGAUAUGAUGACGUAUUACUCUGGCAAUCAGACCGGACAGGUACCUGGCAUACUUCCAGGGCCGUGUGCAUCAACAGAAUGUUAUUAUUGGUGGGAAGCAGGCGCCAUGUUCGGCUCGUUAAUUAAUUACUGGCAAUACACGGGCGACACCAGCUACAAUCCCGUGGUAUCCCAGGCCUUAGCCUUUCAGAUAGGACCCGAUGAAAACUUCAAUCCUCCCAACCAAAGCAAGAACAUGGGUGUCGACGAUCAGGCGUUUUGGGCCUUUACUGCUCUGGAUGCUGCCGAGGCAAACUUCCCCGAAGCGGGUGGUAAUAUCCCCUCCUGGAUUGCUCUGGCUCAGGCCGUCUUCAACUUCCAACAGGAUCUGUGGGACGAUACCACAUGCGGUGGCGGAAUGCGAUGGCAGGUCUACCAGUUCAACCCUGGAUACAACUUGAAGAACACCAUCUCGAACGGAGGGAAUUUCCAGAUCGCCGCUCGAUUGGCAUAUUACACGGGCAAUCAAACUUAUGCUGACUGGGCCGUCAAGAUGUGGGAUUGGAUGGCAUCUAGUCCUUUAUUCCAAACACAGGAUGGCAAUCUCUACAUCUGGGACAAUACUGAUUCCAACAACAAUUGCACAGAUGUCGCACACUACGCGUGGACGUACAAUUAUGGUACCAUGCUCAUGGGUGCGGCGUACAUGUAUAACUACACCAAUGGUGAUCCGACGUGGGAGCAACGAGUCAUGAGUAUUCUGAACGGGGCAGAAGUCUUGUUCUUUCCUAAAGAAUAUGGUGGCAACGUCAUGUCAGAAUUCCAGUGCGAGCCUGCAGCGAAUUGUAACAACGAUCAAAGCAGUUUCAAAGCAUACCUGUCUCGAUGGAUGGCUGUGACAACCCUCCUGGUACCCAGUACCCACGACAUGAUCAUGCCGAAACUGACCGCCAGCGCCGCCGCCGCUGCACAGCAAUGUACCGGAGGAAAUAAUGGGCGAAUGUGUGGGCGUCGGUGGUACGCCACUUGGGACAGUUCAAGUGGUGUCGGCCAACAGAUGCAAGCCUUGAGCGUAAUAGGCGCCACCACCAUUCAUCCGGGAAUUGCUCCUAAAUCUGUCAAGACGGGUGGUACUUCGAAGGAAGACCCCAAUGCUGGCAACGGCAAGGACGCCUCACCAAUCCAGAAACAAAAACCUAUCACAACUGCCGACAAAGCCGGAGCAGCUAUUUUGACGAUCCUGGGCGUUUCCAUCAUCGUCGGCGGAAGUAUUUGGAUCAUUAUGUGAUUGUUCACACCAGAAGACUGUCUUUGAAAAUCAUCGUUCCUUGUAUAUUCAUUAUCAAUAUACCACAUGAAAAGGAAAUCCAUGGCAAAAGAGACGCCGAAGAUUUAUCUUAGAAAGCAUCGAAGCCAUAUACCCUGUUUGUUGAUGCAUUUGACAAGAGACUGAAUUAAAGAUCUGGAAUACGCGGCUGGUUGGACGGCAUAUUGGAGAUCAUGACUUGAACGAAAACUUCUGUAUUUGUUUUCCUUACUCUUUGGCUCUGCAUUGGGCGGUAAAAUUGGCGUGAAAGACAUUGUUAACAACAUCGAUAUAUCACACAACCCUUGCCAAGGGGGUAUGUAGACCUGGGUAUGUAGACCUAAACACUCACAAAUGGAGCACAGCAGUGACACUUUUCCUUUA